AGUCAGCGCUCUCUUUUAUCUCCUCUGCUUUUCUCUUCUCUCCUCAGAGAUUCGAAGCUUUUUUGUCUCCCCUGAGUAGUAACCAAUUCAAUGGCCGACGAUUGGGAUCUCCACGCCGUAGUCAGAGGCUGCUCAGCCGUUAGCUCAUCAGCAACUACCACCACAACCACCGUAUAUUCCGGCGGCGUUUCAUCUUACACAAAACCUAUAUUCACCGUCGGACGGCAAAGUAAUGCCGUCUCCUUCGGAGAGUUUCGAGAUCUCUAUACACCAUUCACACAAGAAUCUAUGGUCUCCUCGUUCUCUUGUCUAAAUUACCCAGAAGAACCUAAAAAGCCACAGAACCAGAAACGUCCUCUUUCUCUCUCUGCUUCUUCCGGUAGCGUCACUAGCAAACCCACUGGCUCCAAUACCUCUAGAUCUAAAAGAAGAAAGAUACAGCAUAAGAAAGUGUGCCAUGUAGCAGCAGAGGCUUUAAACUCCGAUGUCUGGGCAUGGCGAAAGUACGGACAGAAACCCAUCAAAGGUUCACCAUAUCCAAGAGGAUACUACAGAUGUAGUACAUCAAAAGGUUGUUUAGCCCGAAAACAAGUGGAGCGAAAUAGAUCCGACCCGAAGAUGUUCAUCGUCACUUACACGGCGGAGCACAAUCAUCCAGCUCCGACACACCGUAAUUCUCUCGCCGGAAGCACUCGUCAGAAACCAUCUGAUCAACCGACGACUAAAUCUCCAACGACCACGAUUGGUACUUAUUCAUCGUCACCGGUGACGUCAGCCGACGAAUUUGUUUUGCCUGUGGAGGAUCUAGCGGUGGGAGAUCUUGACGGAGACGAAGAUCUGUUAUCUUUGUCGGAUACGGUGGUGAGCGAUGAUUUCUUCGAUGGAUUGGAGGAAUUCGCAGCCGGAGAUAGCUUUUCCGGGAACUCGGCUCCGGCGAGUUUUGAUCUCUCUUGGUUUGGAGCUCAAAACCUGGCUUUUUUUUGUUUGUGUGUACCCGUCUCCAUCGUUGGAAUCAAAACAUUCCGAGUUCGUCUAGCUGAAGAUUCAUCAGAAGAGGAGGUGUUGAAAGAUGUCUCUCACUUCAACGAUGAUCCUUGUGUCCAUGGAAUCCUUGUUCAGUCGCUUCUACCAUCGCAUAUGGAUGAGCAGAACAUAUUGAAUGCGGUUAGUGUUAAGAAAGACGUUGACAUAUUUCACCCACUAAAUAUUGGACGGCUUGCGAUGCGCGGAAGAGAACCGUUAUGCAUUCCGCGAACACCAAAAGGAUGCAUUGAGCUCUUACACCAAUACAACUUUGAGAUCAAAGGAAAGAGAGCAGUUGCUAUCGGAGGGAAUAACGUUUUUGAUAUGCCAAAUGUUCUGUUACUGCAGGAUCCCAGCGCUCUGCAUGGCUAUCGAGUGGUAGGAGACAUUUGCUAUGAGGAGGUUUGCAAAGUUGCAUCAGCCAUCACCACACCUGUUGUUGGUGGUAAAGGAGCAAUGCCCUUAACCAUGCUUCUUUCCAACACUUUGACAUUAGCCAAGAGAAAUCACAACUUCAUGUAACCUUACAUUCAAUGCAAAAAAAAAAUGAAGCGAUUGCAGUUUC